GCGGCGCGCGCCCGCGCGCGCACACCCUCGCACACCCUACCUCCGCUCCUGCCCAGCCUCGCCUGCCCCCCACGAGAGCCGAACCCCCUGACGCCGGAUGCCAUGGGUAACAACUUCUCCAGUAUCCCCUCUCUGCCCCGAGGAAACCCGAACCGGGCGCCGCGGGGCCACCCCCAGACCCUUAAAGACUCCAUUGGGGGCCCCUUCCCUGUCCCCUCUCACCGAUGCCACCACAAGCAGAAGCACUGCCCUCCGGUGCCGCCCGGCGGGGGGCUCCCAGCCACGCCACUUCUCUUCCACCCGCACACCAAGGGCUCCCAGAUCCUCAUGGACCUCAGCCACAAGGCCGUCAAGAGGCAGGCCAGUUUCUGCAACGCCAUCACCUUCAGUAACCGCCCAGUCCUCAUCUACGAGCAAGUCAGGCUGAAGAUCACCAAGAAGCAGUGCUGCUGGAGCGGGGCGCUGCGCCUGGGCUUCACGAGCAAGGACCCAUCCCGCAUCCACCCUGACUCGCUGCCCAAGUACGCCUGCCCCGACCUGGUGGCCCAGAGUGGCUUCUGGGCCAAGGCGCUGCCCGAGGAGUUUGCCAACGAGGGCAACAUCAUCGCCUUCUGGGUGGACAAGAAGGGCCGCGUGUUCUACCGCAUCAACGACUCAGCAGCCAUGCUCUUCUUCAACGGGGUCCGCACGGCCGACCCGCUCUGGGCCCUGGUGGAUGUCUAUGGCCUCACGCGGGGCGUCCAGCUGCUUGACAGCGAGCUAGUGCUCCCGGACUGCCUGCGGCCCCGCUCCUUCACCGCCCUGCGGCGGCCGUCGCUGCGGCGCGACGCGGACGAGGCGCGCCUCUCCGUGAGCCUGUGCGACCUCAACUUGCCGGGCGCCGAGGGCGAUGAGGCCACGCCGGCCGCCGGCUGCCCCAUCCCGCAGAACUCGCUCAACUCGCAGCACAGCCAUGCGCUGCCGGCGCAGCUCGACGGCGACCUUCGCUUCCACGCGCUGCGCGCCGGCGCGCACGUCCGGAUCCUAGACGAGCAGACGGUGGCGCGCCUGGAGCACGGGCGCGACGAGCGCGCGCUCGUCUUCACCAGCCGGCCUGUGCGCGUGGCCGAGACCAUCUUCGUCAAGGUCACGCGUUCAGGCGGCGUGCGGCCCGGCGCGCUCUCCUUCGGCGUCACCACGUGCGACCCCGGCACGCUAAGGCCAGCCGACCUGCCCUUCAGCCCCGAGGCCCUGGUGGACCGCAAGGAAUUUUGGGCCGUGUGCCGCGUGCCGGGGCCCCUGCACAGCGGCGACAUCCUGGGCCUGGUGGUCAACGCCGACGGGGAGCUGCACCUCAGCCACAACGGCGCCGCGGCGGGCAUGCAGCUGUGCGUGGACGCCUCGCAGCCGCUCUGGAUGCUCUUCGGCCUGCACGGGGCCGUCACGCAGAUCCGCAUCCUCGGCUCCACCAUCCUGGCAGAGCGGGGCAUCCCGUCACUCUCCUGCUCCCCUGCCUCCACACCAACCUCGCCCAGCGCCCUGGGCAGCCGCCUCUCCGACCCCUUGCUCAGCACGUGCAGUUCUGGACCCCUGGGCAGCUCUGCUGGCGGGACAGCCCCCAACUCGCCAGUGAGCCUGCCUGAGUCACCAGUGACCCCAGGCACAGGACAGUGGAGUGAUGAGUGCACCAUUUGCUAUGAGCAUGCGGUGGACACCGUCAUCUACACAUGUGGCCACAUGUGCCUCUGCUAUGCCUGUGGCCUGCGCCUCAAGAAGGCUUUGCACGCCUGCUGCCCCAUCUGCCGUCGCCCCAUCAAGGACAUUAUCAAGACCUACCGCAGCUCUUAGCCCAUUGUGGCGCCCCACCCUGCGCGCCUGCUGCCUCAGACUUUGGCCCCACGCCAGCCGGGGGGGCAAGCCAACAGGGCCCCUUCUCCUCACUGAUUUUGGAAACGCUUUCCUCUUCUUCAUUAAACAUGGGAAACUGAGGCCCUCAAA